AUGCCUUUGAACGCCCUGUUCAGAGGCUGGUAUUUACAUUACCAUGAUUCUCGUGCACCCUACGAGGCAAAUAAUGAGAAACUCACACAUCGCUUUCUGGAUGUGAUUCACCGCAAUUGGCAUUUGGGAUUUACCUCCUUUGGUGGUCCUCCAGUUCAUUUCAGAAUUUUCUACCAAAAAUUUGUCGAAGAUCAAAGGGGAAUAACACCAUGGAUCGACGAGCAAACAUAUCAAGAGCUAUUUGCUCUGUGUCAGGCUUUGCCAGGGCCAGGCAGUACAAAGAUGAUAUUCUGCAUCGUUCUAAUCCAUGCCGGUUUUCUACCGGCUCUUCUUUCCUUCAUGAUGUGGAGUCUUCCUGGUGCAAUUGGAAUGUACGGGCUUUCUCUCGGAGUCCAACGUAUAGCUGAAGUGCUUCCUGAGAUUGUGUAUGCUUUUCUCUCUGGUCUAAAUGCCUCUACUGUUGGGAUAAUCACUUUCGCAGCUGUACAGUUAGCAGAGAAGGCAAUCAAAGAUCCGCUAACUAGGAUUCUCGUUAUCAUAGGCGGUUGUGCUGGCCUUUGUUUUAAUGCACUCUGGUAUUUCCCCUUACUUCUAAUAAUAGGAGGAAUAUGCAGUAUGAGUUGGGACCUCUUCAGUCUCCAGAAUAUCACCAGAAUGAGAAGGAAACUCCGUCGUCGAAUGUCAGACCCUCGGCAGGAGGUUGAAGAGAGCGUUGGACAAUCAAUCACUCUACGUGAGCUUCCACAGCCCACAGGCGGUGUUCAGAAACGAUCAGCUCCUGCUCGUAAUAUCAAUCCACUCAGUACUAGUGUUAAUCCAGGCGCUGUUAAUGAAGAGGAAACAAAUAUAUCUGCGAGUGGAGAUACACGCUCGCACAAAAUUCCUACCAAAUGGGGAAUUUUAAUCAUUGUUGGCUUUUUUGGUAAUGCCCCUCUUUACCAGUACGCUACACUAUCAUCAGCACAUCAAACUCACAAGUCACUAGCUACAUUUAUUGCGAUCCUUGUUGCACGUGGAGUUGUUCAAAAACGCCCGCUGGAAUUGGAUCUAUUUGCGAGCAUGUAUCUUGCGGGCACUAUCAUCUUCGGAGGUGGUCCUGUUGUCAUUCCUCUUCUCCGCGAGUACGUCGUUGGGCCUGGUUGGGUGUCUCCUCGAGAUUUCUUGAUCGGCCUCGCCAUUAUCCAAGCUUUCCCGGGACCAAAUUUUAAUUUCGCCGUUUAUCUGGGCGCUUUAGCAUUAGCCCCUUCCAUGAAUCCCACUAUUCUGGGUGCAUUCCUGGGGUUUCUAGGUAUCUUCGUCCCUGGUAUUACUCUUGCGGUGGGCUUCCAGAGCAUUUGGAGAAGCAUUCGAACCAUCCCUUUCAUUACUAGUCUUUUGAGAGGCAUCAAUGCCACGGCUGUCGGUUUAGUCUUCACGGCUGUAUAUCGGCUCUGGGAAAUUGGGUUUCUGAGUGCUGACUCUGUAGCGGGUCAAAGUUUGGGAAAGGAACCCUUUUGGCUGGUCGUGGCGGCCAUAUCAUAUGCUGGAAAUGCAUGGUUCAAGGUCCCUCCAGCUGCUGCUAUUCUUAUGGGUGGUAUUUUGGGUUUGUGUUGGUAUGGUGUCGUGAGACGACAAUAA